ACUGGGGCCUCAACCACAGGCAGCAGCUGCCCGCCUGCCCACCUCCCUGCAUCCCUCAGAGGGAACUUCUGCAGAACCAGGUGAAGAGGCUCACGCAGGCAGGUAGUAGGGGCAUGAAGGGGGAGUCUGCUCCAGAAUUGGGUUGUUGCCACAAGACUCAGCCUCUGGGGAGUACAGGGAGCUCCCUGUCCUGCAGCCUGGACUUCCAGCUCUGCCAAGGCAACCAGGUCUCCUCAGCUCUCAGGCCACUUCCUGACACUGUGGAUGCCCAUGGCUCAUCUUGUGCCAGCUGGCUGUGCCCCUUGCUGCUGGCGCCGGCCAAGUCUGCCUUGCUGACCUGUCCCCAGGGCCUGGACCUAUACCUGUGUGCCCUGCAGCCGGCAUCGCUGGGCAUGGCCCCACAAGGUCUCAGAAGCGACACCUUGAGCACAACGCUCCAGCCACCAGGGUUGCAUGCAGGCUCCACUGAUGGCGAGAAACUCACGGCCAAGCACUCUGCGAGCAGGGACCAGAGGGGAAGCCAAUGGGAAAGAGCUGGAGAGGGGGCCCGCUGCCCAUCCUUCUGUCCACACAGCAGCUCUUGCCCACCCCCCUGGCAGAACAGAAGGAGCCCCAGCCCCCUAGCUUUCUGCUCCUGUCUGUCCUGCCUGCUGCCCACUCCCAUCUCCAAAGAGCUCCCAUUAUGCCUUCACCCCUUCUGUCCUGCAUAUCCACUUCUCCUGCCUCCUCCUUACCUGCUUACCUAUGGGGCCCUACCUUCUGUCCGAUGCCCCCGCCUCUUCAUGCAGCCCCCAGAUCCCUCCCACCCCAUCAUGGCUAUGCCCAGCUUGCUGAUGAGUGUCAAUGAGCCUGGGGCCCCCAUGGCCCAGAGGGAGACCCUGUAUCCUUACCCAGGGGCCUCCCAAGCCUCUGGCCAGAUCCAGCCUUUCCAGGCCUGGAAUCCAGGCCCUGGAGGUGCCAGGACCUACUCCUCAGGGCAAAAGAGUGCUGGCAGGGCGGCUCCAGCGAGGCGGACCCCACUGGGCUCCCGGACAGGCACCGCAGCGCUGCCUUACCCACUGAAGAAAGAGAAUGGCAAAAUCCUGUACGAGUGCAAUGUGUGCGGCAAGAACUUCGGGCAGCUCUCCAACCUCAAGGUCCAUCUGCGUGUGCACAGCGGGGAGCGCCCAUUCCAGUGUGCCCUGUGCCAGAAGCGCUUCACUCAGCUCGCCCACCUGCAGAAGCACCAGUUGGUGCAUACCGGGGAGCGGCCCCACAAGUGCCUGAUGUGCCACAAGCGCUUCAGCAGCUCCAGCAACCUCAAGACCCACCUGCGGAUGCACUCAGGGGCCCGGCCCUUCGGGUGCAGUGUCUGCCCAAGUCGCUUCACCCGGCAUGUUCACCUGAAGCUGCACCAGCGGCUGCAUGCCCGCCGGCCCUGCGGCCUAGCUCACACCCACCUGCCCCUGGCGUCUCUUGCCUGCUUUGCCCGAUGGCACCAGGAAGCCCUAGGUCUUGUGGGGGUGUCAUCAGAGAGGCAGCUGGGCUGGGAUUCGGAAAAGGUCAAGAGGUCCUCGGCAUCGGGGCAAGUAAGGGCAGCCAGCCUGAGCCCUGGUGCCAGGACUGUCCUGGGGAGGGGGCAGGGCAGAGCGAUUAAAGGAUUUUUCUCUACGGCAAGUCGAGGCCUCCUGAGCUUCAACAGUGGCGGGGGAAGCCACUGUGUAUUGCUCAGACUUCGCAAUCCACCAGGUCAGGGGACACAGCCACGGAGAUUCUGUGAUGCUCUCUCCUGGGGUGGGGCAGGCAGCCAUCUCCUGCUCCCGGUCUGGGACCAGGUCCUCCAAUCUCAGCUGGCCAGUGGGUAGUCCGGCCUUCCAGGACUCUGCACGGUGCAGACUAUGCUGCCACGCACUGGGCACAUUGCUCUUUUUCCUGAACAGAUGUUCCAGCACCUGCCCAGAUGCACGUCUGCUGCUUCCCACCACCUUCUUGUCUCACAGUUCGUAAGAAGCCACUGUUCCUCCUUAGCUGGUAUUCCCUGCCACGGUCAGGGGGCGGGGUGAGCUCCUCCCUCUGCACCUGCUAGGAGCUGAGCCCCCUGUGGGGUGGAGGGACAAGAACACAAGGAUGUCGAUGUCUACUCAUGACCCGGAAGCAAGAUAUCCCCCUGUGUGCCGGGACCAGCCACCAAAGAGGGCAAAGGGCUAAGGAGGUUCGAGCUCAGGGAAGAGGUAGAGGCUCUACAAGGAGUAUAAGGAGGGAAGAACUGGCAAAGAGAGCCUGAGGAGCUAGGACCCUCUUGAUGACCUUUCUCUCUGCAAUCCCAGAGGAUGCCCUCAGAUGUGCAAGGUCUUCUGCCCCCCACUUGGGAGUUAGCAACAGGUGGGGAAAGGGCACUGCCUGAGAAGCAAGAUUAUUAAUCACAAUAAACAGUAGCUAUUA